AUCAAGAGACAACCGAAAGUAGCACACGGCUUCAUUUCAAGCACACAGCCACACACACUACGGAAGCACUGAGUUUGAGACCACGAUGUCUUUGUUGUUGAAUAAUCCAGUGAAUUUUCAGUACAAUUCAGACGUCCGGUCUACGGAAUUCUUUGUUACUAAACGGUGGCGUUCUGGGGCCAAUUCUCUGGGAUAUAGCAACAAGUCUUUUCAUAGUAUUAUCAAUAUCGGUAAUUGUCGUAGUAUCAAUGGCAGUAAGAGUAAAAUUAUGUGUGAAGCAGUUUCUGUGCAGCCAAAAACUGAGAUUGAAGGCCUUAACAUUGCAGAAGAUGUAACUCAGCUUAUUGGGAAGACACCUAUGGUUUACUUGAAUAAUAUUGUAAAAGGUUGUGUUGCUAACAUAGCUGCGAAGCUAGAGAUUAUGGAGCCAUGUUGUAGUGUCAAAGACAGGAUAGGAUACAGUAUGAUAGCUGAUGCUGAGGAAAGAGGGCUUAUAACUCCUGGGAAGAGUGUUUUGGUUGAACCUACGAGUGGAAACACUGGUAUUGGGCUCGCAUUUAUUGCUGCUUCAAAAGGAUACAAACUCAUCUUGACAAUGCCUGCUUCAAUGAGUCUUGAGAGAAGGGUUCUUUUGAAAGCAUUUGGAGCUGAACUUGUUUUAACUGAUUCAGCCAAAGGCAUGAAAGGAGCUGUGCAAAAAGCUGAAGAAAUAUUGAGUAACACCCCCAAUGCGUACAUGCUUCAGCAAUUUGACAACCCUGCAAAUCCCAAGGUUCUUUUGCCUUGCUCCAACUUGUGCUCUGAUAGAGUCAAUUUUCUUUGCUUUUUUCCUUUUGGGUCAAUCAAUGGAUUAUAUUAUCAGUUGAAGCCAUUUGGACUCAAGUUGUGGUUUUAAGCACCCUCCAAAACA